GCCUAGUCGUUAUUAUAGUAUCAUGUCUGGACGCGGUAAGCAGGGCGGCAAGGCUCGCGCCAAGGCCAAGACGCGUUCUUCUCGGGCUGGACUCCAGUUCCCGGUGGGCCGAGUGCACCGCCUGCUCCGCAAGGGGAACUACUCCGAGCGGGUCGGGGCUGGCGCUCCGGUGUACCUGGCGGCGGUGCUGGAGUACCUGACGGCGGAGAUCCUGGAGCUGGCGGGCAACGCGGCCCGCGACAACAAAAAGACGCGCAUCAUCCCGCGCCACCUGCAGCUGGCCAUCCGCAACGACGAGGAGCUCAACAAACUACUGGGCAAAGUGACCAUCGCGCAGGGUGGCGUCCUGCCCAACAUCCAGGCCGUGUUGCUGCCCAAGAAGACCGAGAGCCACCACAAGGCCAAGGGCAAGUAAAAAGUCGGGAUUGCUUUCCAGCAAUUCAAACCUCUCAUUCAAACCAAAGGCUCUUUUCAGAGCCACCCACUUUAUCACUAACGUGAGCUGUACUACACAGUUUCAUUUCAUCCAACAGAUAAUAAAAUUUACAAUUAUCUCGAAAUACUUACAGGUUUACUACAGAGGAAGAGAAGCCAAAAGAUAAUUGAGGCUUGCUUAGGAAUAUAUAUUUGGAUUAGGGAGUAAUCUUUUUAAAUGAGUUACCUACCCCAAGCAUAAAAUUUAUCUUUUAAUCUUUACCCAGAGCCCCUGAAUUCUAGAAGUCGAAUUUUUCAUAACAAUAGUCCUUUAUCUCCCUGUGAUCCCUCAACAGGACUCAAUGUCCACCCUGCUAAAUGGCAAUACAAUGGUAUAUCAGAUAACAUCCUUGUCUCCAUGGGAGUUUCAAAGACUAGAAAAUGAAGUAAAGGUGGUGUGGAAUUACAUUAGGAAAAACAUGAGCAUGUCACCUAACAAUAAAUGUUAUAAAAGAUGGACAUUGUGAAUCAUCUUCUUUACCUUACUUACCAGGUUCGAGCCCAAGUCCUGUCAAUGGUUUUUACUGCCCAUUUCCCUCACCAUAAUCACUCUUUACACCCCCCUUCUCAGCUCAAAGUCACCCUAGCUACAGAGGGCCUUCAAUUCCUCUCCACCUCAUGUAUCAGCUAAUGACUACUUUUCCUCAUGAAGACAUUUUUCAUCUCUUACUUGGUUUCACUAUUUCUGGAAUUUCUAUUGCAUUUCUAGUCCAUUGGAGUCUAUUU